CAAUAUUCCAAUGCUGAAAUUUGAUUGUGGGUUGUCAACAAAAUACGAUUUAUUGAAGAAAUGAGUUUUAUUUAUCUUAUUGUCAUUUAAUUUUUUUUUGCUGAUUAAUUUUUACUUUGAUUACAUCAUUUAGUUAUUAACUUACCCACCAGGUUUUAAUAGUUACGUGGUAUUUAUGAAAACUAUUAUGAUACUAAAUGUGACAGCUCUGUUUAUGUUAUCUGUGAAGUGGCAUUUUAAUUAAAAUCAGUAUGUGGGGAUUGAGUAAAACUUUGGAAAGGUUUAUUUAUGUUAGUCCCAUAAAUAGAAAACAUCUUUCAGAUGUUUACAUUCGAAAUUGCUCUUCUGAAAGCACAAAUAUUCUGAAAGUAGCCAUAAUAGGUGCUCCAAAUGCUGGAAAAAGUACCAUAAUUAAUCAGUUUGUUAAAAGAAGGGUGUUUGCUAUUUCUAAAAAAGUGCAUACUACUAAAGUUUGUGCUAGAGCAAUAUUGAAUCAUGGAAAUAAACAGAUUAUAUUUCUAGACACACCUGGUCUCGUCUCUUUAAAUGAAUCAGAGAGAUAUAAACUUGGAAAAUCAUUUAUAAGUGGUGGAGAAGAUGCUAUCUUAGAAGCUGACAUAAUUGGUGUUAUCCAUGACGUUUCAAAUUCUGGUAGUCGAUCCUCUCUGGAUCCUAAAGUUCUUCGUCUUCUGAAUAUAUAUCAAGAUAAGGAAUCUUUGCUGGUUUUAAAUAAGAUAGACACGUUGAAAUCGAAAAAUCAAUUACUUGAACUGUCUAAGAAACUUACUGGUGAAAAAAUGAGAUCUAAUGUUAGUGAAGAUACUCCGAAGAAAUCAUUAUCGGAAUUAGAAUUGCAACAAAUUAUUAAAACAAAGCGUCAUUGGGAGAACUUUAGUGAGAUUUUCAUGGUUUCGGCUUUACUCGGGAAGGGAAUGCAUGAUUUUAAGAAUUAUCUUUUAAAAAAGACUUAUCCAGGAAAAUGGAUUUUCCCUCCUGAUAUUUACACAGAUCAAAAUCCUGUAAAAAUAAUUGAAGAAGCAGUUCAUUCCAAACUACUGGAACAUUUACCUGAAGAAAUUCCUUAUAAUGUCAAUGUAGAACUGGAGUACUUAGACAUGGAUAAAGAAGAACUUAUUUCUGCAGUUGUUUUGGUACAGUGCAAUAAUAGUAGACUUGUAGGAUUGAUUAAAGGUAUAAAAGGAGGAAGAAUUAGAAUCAUUGCUGACGAAGCAGAACAAGCCAUCGCUGAUGCUUUCCUCACUGAUGUACAUUUGAAAUUAGUCAUAACAGAAAAAAAAUCAUUAAAAGUUGAAAAAGAUUAUAUAAAUGGUUAACCAUUUAUUAUUUUUACUGGGAAACUAUUUUGUAUUUAUUUUAUGUACAAUAUAUUUUAAAUUAUAUGUUUG